CACUCACUCUCCCAAAUACACACACACGCACACACUCACUCUCACACACACACACUCACACACUCACUCUCACACACACACACUCACUCUCCCACAUACACACACACACUCACACACUCACACACACACACUCACUCUCCCACAUACACACACACUCACACGCUCACUCUCACACACACACACACUCACUCUCCCACAUACACACUCACUCAAUAAUUCAGCUUUUAAAAUAUUGAUUUCAGAUUGACUUCAGUGACACAAAGUGACCACACGAGGCAGCAGAGGACCUGCAGCUAAGAUCACUGGUUUUCUCUCUGAGGUUUGGUGUAGUAUUCAUUUCCACUGUUAUCACUUCAAUGUUUACUCAUCUUUCAACCACCAGAGGGCGACAGAGUUCUGUAGAGACACCCACAUUGAAAGUGAGGUAUGUGAACUGCUGCUGAACUUUGACCUCUGACCUGAGUCUGGACACACACAGAUACAUGUGUAGUUCAUAAGAAAUAUUAAUGGAAGAAAAACUUGUUUAUGUAUUUAAAUAAAAUCAUUUGUUUUCUUUCUAUAAAAACAAAAAAUUAAAUGUAACUUUCAGUUUUAUGAAAUCUCAGUGAAUUAAAAACAAACUUGUUUCCAUGAGCGUGUGACGUCGUCUCAGGACCAGUUCAGAACUUCGCCAGACUCCGCCCCCGCGGGGUGAGAGGUCAGCAUGUUACAGCUGAAGUCAAAUAGAUUAACUCCUGUGGUGAUGACAGACCUCCCAGCAUGCACCUGUGUGCCGUGUGAUUUUAGCUGCUGCUCCUGUGCUGCCUCGUGUGGUCACUUUGUGUCACUGAGUUUAAUCUGAACGUUGUUUUUCAAACACUGAAGAGACAAAAUCAGACGUUUGAACUUUGUGAUGGAGGUUAAUUCUCUCUCUCUCUCUCUCUCUCGGUCGCCCAGCAGCCUGGAAACCAGCCUGAGGAAUGUUGCAUUGUGGGAAUUGGAGGGAUGGCUUCAUCAGGGCGAUGCAAAUGGUUGCCAACGGCAACGAGGCACGUCCAACACUGUGAGUCUGUCUGUCUGUGAAACACAUGAUAUUUUCCACCACUUUAAAAAAUAAAGAGACGUUUACAAACAAGAAAUAAUCAUCUCAUAAAACCUAUGUCACGUGUGUGCAUGCGUGCGUGUGUGUGUGUGUGCGUGUGCACGUGCGGAAGCGUCAAAACCAGAGAGCCCGAACAGCACUGGGGGAGGGCCUUUUAUCCUCUGUAGCAGCAAGGCACAGGUGCUCCAAACUCUCCCAGAGGAGAGACUCCGCCCAUCAGAGACCCGAGGAGCGAUGACAUCACAGAGAGCGAGCAAGAGAGAGAGGAAAAUUCUUCAAGUAUGAGGAAAGUGGUCCUCCUCCUCUUCAUCCCUGUCCUCUGUGUCUCAGUCGGACAGAAGCUCACAGCAGUGAACAAAUGAAAAAAAACCUGAGUCACCAGCCGACCUUUGACCUCGUUGUUUGAGUCCACAGUCGUCCAGAACCUCAGCCAUGUUUCCCUUCACCCCCUCCCUCCUCCUCCUCCUCCUCCUCCUCUUCCUCCUACCUGGCCCCGCCCUCCUGACCUCAUCAACCUCCCAAGAGCUCCAGGUCAGAGGUCACAGGGAACCAAGGGAAGCCAGACAAGACUCGGUCAAGCAGAGCGUCUCUGAAGGAUGUGUCACCGCGGCUGAUUCUUCUGAUGGAGCAAAAGAGAUCGACCUGGUGCCUGUUUCUCCUCUGGUUCUGACCCACGAGCUCAAACUGGUUCCAUCAGGAUCAGGAUCGGGAUCUUGUGGAUGUGAGGCGGACUUUGCCGCCCUUCGCGAGCGCCUGGAACAUCUGGAGAGAGAGUUGUCGACCCUCAGAGAGAAGUGUGGAGGUGACGGAGGCAGCUGCACGUCCAAGGAGAGCAAAGGUCCAGGUUGCUCCAUCAAAAUGGAAAACGCAGAGUGUCUGAACGAGUGCAGCGAUCAGGGUCGCUGCGAGGACGGCAAGUGCGUCUGUUUCCCUGGAUUCAGCGGACUGGACUGCAGUGACUCUAACUGUCCUGGAAACUGCCGCGGUAACGGGAGGUGCACGGACGGACAGUGUUUGUGCGAUCCUGGGUUUACGGGUCCUGAUUGCUCUGAAGUGACAUGUCCCGACAACUGCAGUGACCGCGGACGCUGCGUUGAAGGUAAAUGUGUUUGUGACACCGGCUUCACUGGCGACGACUGCUCUGAGAACGCUUGCCCUGGAGACUGCAACAACAGGGGGCGCUGUGUCAACAGGAAGUGUGUCUGCGAUCCCGGAUUCACGGGACCUGAUUGCUCUGAAGGGACAUGUCCAGACAACUGCAGCAAUCGUGGCAGGUGUGUUGACGGUAAAUGUGUUUGUGACACUGGCUUCACUAGCGUGGCCUGCUCAGAGAUUGCCUGUCCUAGAAACUGCAACAAAAGGGGGCGCUGUGUCAACGGGGAGUGUGUCUGCAAUCCUGGAUUCUCAGGACUUGAUUGCUCCAAAAGAGCUUGUCCUCUUAACUGCAGCAACCGUGGCAGGUGCGUUAACGGUAAAUGUGUUUGCGGAAGUGCCUUCGCUGGUGCAGACUGCUCAGAGAUUGUUUGUCCGGGAAACUGCAAAAACAGGGGGCGCUGUGUCAGUGGUCAGUGCAUGUGCAACGAUGGAUUCACAGGUGAGGACUGCUCUCAAAAAGCUUGUCCCAAAAACUGCAGCUCGCGUGGGCGGUGCGUGAGUGGAAAGUGUGUUUGCAGCAUUGGCUUCACUGGACCAGACUGCUCUGCCAAAGCCUGUCCGAAGAACUGCAACAGCAGAGGGCGCUGCAUCAAAGGCAAGUGUUUUUGCCAGCAUGGAUUCAGCGGAGAGGACUGCAGCCUGUGUGUCGAGGGGAUGACCGGACCCAACUGUGAUACAGUCAUGUCAGGCGUCUCUCAGCUGAGGACUCACGACAUCACAGAGACAUCUGUCACACUGCUCUGGACUCCGCCUCCUGUUCUCUAUGACACCUACCACAUCACCUUCACCAGCCAGGAGAAGGAGCAGCAGGUCAAAGGUCAGGUGAAAGGAAGUGAGAGCAGCUUCACUCAGACUGGACUGGCAGCUGGUCAAGAGUACAGCGCCACCAUCAGUGGAGAGAUCGACGGCCGCAGAGGAGCCCAGAGCUCAACUGAAUUCAUCACCCGACAGACGUUACAGGGGGUCACACCAACACCUGGACAAGACACUGACCACGUAGACCAGGAAUUCACCAUAAACCAACAGCAGAGGAGGGAGGAUGAAAGAGAGGCAGGUGAUGAACACAACAAAGACUCCUCCCCCUCUGUGGGAUCAGGACGUAAACCUCUGGUUAGCAGGACCAAAGUCAUAAAUGGCAGCCGGCCCGUUCAUGCUGAAAGGCUUACUUUGUCCAAGAAACCAAAAGUGCCAGGUCCUUUCGGUUUUACCACGAGCAGAGCCGAGCCAGGAGGGAGGAAGAUUGGUUCUGGGCCUUUAAAAAAAGAAAAGAAAACGCCUACAGUGCCAAAGAAAAACAAACCCGAAAACAGAUCGAGCACUGAAGCAUCAAACCUCAAGAGGAAGGACAACAACAAUCCAGCUUUAACGUCUGGAACUGAUUCAGAAAACAACAGACAAGAGGAGCAGGAACAGCAACCAGAUGUUUCCACAGGAGGACAAGGAGAAGUCACCGCUCCGGCGGCGGUCGUCCCAAACCAGGAGAAGAAAUGUCUGAACAAAGUGAAAGUGACGCACUUCCUCAGACUGCCUCAUAAGGACAGAAGCGGUGGGUGCAGAGGGUUAGCAGGAAACACCGAGGGUUUGAAACCCUCAUCUGCAGAGAUGGACCUCGACCUUUCACCCGAUCCUCUACACAAACUCCUGACGGACACUUAUGAGAGUUUGAACGUCUCAACGUUUUCCGUUCACCUGGCCAAACCAUCGACCUUCUCUGCUGAUGCAGACGUGAUGAAGAAGCAGAUUCUAACAGGAAUGAAGCCGCUGUCGUCAUUUCCAUCCUCUUCUUCAUCCUCACCCUCUUCCUCACAGUCUUCUUCUUCAUCCUCACAGUCAUCCUCACCGUCUUCUUCUUCAUCCUCACAGUCUUCCUCACCGUCUUCUUCUUCCUCCUCACAGUCUUCCUCACCGUCUUCUUCUUCACCCUCACAGUCUUCCUCACCGUCUUCUUCUUCAUCCUCACAGUCUUCCUCACCGUCUUCUUCUUCAUCCUCACAGUCUUCCUCACCGUCUUCCUCUUCAUCCUCACAGUCUUCCUCACCGUCUUCUUCUUCAUUCUCACAGUCUUCCUUACCGUCUUCUUCUUCACCCUCACAGUCUUCCUCACCGUCUUCCUCGUUGACCUUGCAAUCAUCACAAUCAUCUUUGUCUUCAAAUUCCCAAGUUUCAUCUUCAUCAUCUGCACCACCUCCACCAUCAUCGUCACUAACCCAUGUCAUUCCACCAUCAACCUCAUCACCACCAUCACGUACAUCUUUGCCACCUUCAUCAUCCUCAUCGUCAUCCUUGCAAUCAUCACAAUCAUCUUCAACCUCAGAGGUUUCUUCCUCUUCACCACCAUCCCUCACAUCUUCUUCAGUGUCCACAUCCAGCUCAGUAAAGUCAGAUUCAUUGAGAAGUGAUAAACCUGACGCUGAUCGUCUCAGAAGCAGCGUGGACACUGUGUUACCACAAGAAAGAAAGACAGAACCACCUUCAGGAAAAGGUGGUUCACCACUUUUUCGCAAAACACCUCUGAAACAUGGCUUCACACGCCGUCCACGCCCAAACUUUGGUUUGUCUCAGAACAAAAGUCAUCCAAGGAUGAGAGCUCCUCAUCGUCCCUCUCCUCACUUCAAUGAUUCUAUCAGAGGAGAGACAGAGACCAGGCCUGUGUCUACAGGUGAAUCCGAUGAAUCACCUUCACUUCAGGUAAAAACACCUAUCAUGGAUGUGAGAAGAGACCAGGACGGAGCAUCUUCACCUGGAUCCACCAGACCUCAACAAAACCAGAAAAGGAUGCAGAUAGAAAGAGGAAGAAUCCCAGUUCACCAACAUUUUACACGAAAUGGAUAUGUGCUUCGACCCUUUCCUAAAGCAGGGUCUCUCCAGAACCGAACUCGUCCUAAUUUGAGGCUCUUGACUCGUCCCACUCAACCUUUAAGUUCUAAACCAGAGAUACAGAAAGAAAGGUUUUCUGCUGCUGAAUUACCAACUACUUCGUCUCCUCUUUCUUCUGAAAGCACAGAGCCAGUAAGAGAAGACGAUGAACAAUCCACAAAAAGCAUAUCUAAUGAGUUAAAUCAGACGCUCGGAGGCAGUAACGAGCCUUUCUCCCAUCACCCAACCACCAAAGUCCAUUAUUUCCAUCGACCUGGACCGCAUGGUCAACCUCUUCAAAACAAAACACGAUUAAACCUGAGACCACCUCAGUAUCCACACAGAGGUACCAUACGCAAACCUCCACCAAUAAAAAAGCUAAAUGGAGGCGCUACCAUAAAUGUCAGAAGUCAAACAAGCCAACAAGAGAAGCAGAGUGUCCAUAAAACCCCAGGAGAGCAGGGGGUUCCCAGUCCAAACCAAGGACUUCUGGUCAGUCAAGCAGGAGCGCAAAAAACAGCUAGUACCACUGACAGACCUCAGACCACGCCCCAGACCACUGACAUAUCUCAGACCACGCCCCAGACCACUGACAGAUCUCAGACCACGUCUCAGACCACUGACAGAUCUCAGACCACGCCCCAGACCACUGACAGACCUCCGACCAGGCCCCAGACCACUGUCGGACCACAUGCCACAGACAGACCUCAGACCACUGUCGACGAGGCAAGUUCUCCAGUCCAAACCACACAGUCAAAAAAAGAAGGAACUAGUGUUUCAGUUUCCGGUGACGACACUGACUUCCAUAAACCCAGAGUCCAUGCUGGUGAGAACACUGUCCCUACUGUCUUAUAUGGACCAUCUAGCCGACAAACUUCAGGAUCCUCAAGGCCAGUCUCGCUCCCAAAGAGACGAGUACCAUCACGAAAUGUAACGAGAUAUAAUAAUGUCCAGAGGAUACUUGAUGCCACUGUUAGACCACAAAUCCACAAAUUAGAAAAUGGGGAAAGUGUUCCGAUCCAAGCCAUCAAAUCUGGAGGAGAAGAAACUAAUGGCCAAGUUUCCAGUGACAACUCUGAUGUCCAUAAAUCCAGAGUCCCUACUGUUCAAGAGAGACCAACUAUCCAUCAACCGUCCUCUGAUUCAAGAUCAUCAAGACCAGUCUCAUUACCGAAGAGACGAUUACCACCACGAAAUAUAACGGGAUAUAAUAAUGUCCAGAGGAUACUUGAUUCCACUGUUAGACCACAAAUUGACCAAUUAGAAAAUGGGGAACGUGUUCCAAUCCAAGCCAUUAAAUCUGGAGGAGAAGAAACUAAUGGCCAAGUUUCCAGUGACAACUCUGAUGUCCAUAAAUCCAGAGUCCCUACUGUUCAAGAGAGACCAACUAUCCAUCAACCGUCCUCUGAUUCAAGAUCAUCAAGACCAGUCUCAUUACCGAAGAGACGAUUACCACCACGAAAUAUAACGGGAUAUAAUAAUGUCCAGAGGAUACUUGAUUCCACUGUUAGACCACAAAUUGACCAAUUAGAAAAUGGGGAACGUGUUCCAAUCCAAGCCAUUAAAUCUGGAGGAGAAGAAACUACUGGCCAAGUUUCCAGUGACAAAUCUGAUGUCAAUAAAUCCAGAGUCCCUACUGUUCAAGAGAGACCAACUAUACGUCAACCGUCCUCCGAUUCAAGAUCCUCAAAACCAGUCUCAUUCCCGAAGAGACGAUUACCACCACGAAAUAUAACGGGACAUCGCCGCACCCAGAUGAGACAGUACAUCAAUAAGAGCCAAAUAAAGCCUCCAACAACAAAUCCCUUUGAUGGCAAAAAUGAAAAAACAAGAAGUGCUGCAUCCAAACCUUUGGUGGGAUCAGACAUUUCUUCACCCCCAGUCACAAGGGAACCUCUGAACCAUGUAGUAGUGACAAACCGGACCUCAAGUGGAUUUACACUUGUAUGGGACUCACCAGAAGGGAAGUACAAAAACUUUGUUGUCACAAGGAAAAAAGUCGACAAAGACGAAAGGCCAAAUCAAAAGGAAGAUCAGAGAGAUGGAGAAAGGCAACAAGAAGACUCUGAAAGACCAGAUCCACAGCAGGGAAGGAAGCAACAACCAGCCAAUGACCUGGAAUCAGAAAACAGAAUACCAGAAAGUCUCAUUACACAUGUUCCAAUAAAACAAAGCAGCACAACAGUCCAACCCACAACCAAAAGUGACAAAACCGUCCAAGAAGUUCUUCCCGGUUUAGCUCGCUCUCACCACUUUGGAGAUGUGCCUCCUCAGACUGAGUACACCGUGACUUUGCUUGGAAAGGGUCCCGGUCUUCUGUCCAGACUGCACAAGCUCGUCAUCAGUACAGGUCCAGAUCCUCCGACCGACAUCGUCUUCAGUGACGUGACAGAGACGUCUCUGACCGUGUCCUGGACCAAACCAAAGAGACAAGUCAGUGGAUUUAAAGUCACCUACACCCACAGAGAGGACGGAGACCCUGUGUCCGUGUCCCUGGACUCUGAGGACACGUCCCUCGCCCUCUCGCAGCUCUCGCCCGGUUCCACUUACGAGGUCAGCGUGGUCUCCGUCCUGGGAGCGGACGAGAGUGACCCGGUCAGCGAGGUCGUCGUGACACCGCCGGAUCCGCCCACAAACCUUCACGCCAUAAACAUCAGUGACACCAGCGCUCUGCUGCUGUGGCGUCCAGCGCUCGCCGCCGCCGAUAAAUACGCCAUCGUUUACCGAUCAGCUCCAGGAUCAGAGUUGAGGAUCACGGUUUCUGGAAACGCUGCCGAGCAGCAGCUGAGUGACCUCCAGGACUCCACCACCUACACCGUCACCAUAACCAGCCUGCUGGGCGGGGCCAAGAGCACCGCGGAGACGACCAGCUUUACUACCAGUAGAGGCUCCGGGAGUGAAGAUGAAGAUGAAGAUGAAGGUGAAGGUGCAGGGCCGCGAGAUCUCCAGGCCACAAACGUGACCCCUCGUUCUGCCACGUUGUCAUGGAAACCACCCUCCAAACCCACUGGAAGCUUCAGGCUGACGUACGUGACAGGAGGUCAGGAGAUGAAGGAAGUGAAGCUGAACUCCUCGGUGACUGAGUUCACCGCGGGCAGACUCGGUCCAGGAUCCACGUACACGGUGACGCUGCACACGGACGGACAGACGGACGUUUCCACAGAGUUCACCACAGGUUCUCUCAGGUUCCCGUUCCCCGGCGACUGCUCUCAGCAGCUGCUUAACGGCAUCGCCACGUCCGGCCCGGUGGAGAUCUACCCUGAAGGCAGACAGGGGGCGCCGCUGAGGGUCUACUGUGACAUGGAGACCGACGGCGGAGGCUGGACGGUCUUCCAGAGGAGGAGCGACGGCUCGGUCGACUUCUUCAGACGAUGGAGCGACUACGUCCAAGGAUUCGGAGACGUGGGCGGAGAGUUCUGGCUCGGUCUGGACGCUCUCCACCACCUGACGUCCAGGACCAGGAUGAGUCUGCGCGUGGACCUGCGAGACAGCGGCGGCGCCGUGUUCGCCGCGUACUCCACGUUUGAAGUGGACAAGGACGACUACAGGCUGACGGUGGGCGGGUACCGUGGCACGGCAGGUGACUCGCUCAGCUACCACAACAACCACAUCUUCUCCACCAAUGACCACGGCCCGGCGCCACUGAUCACGCGCUGCGCCGUGUCGUACCGCGGAGGCUGGUGGUACGACAACUGUCACGAGGCCAACCUCAACGGACUGUACGGCGUCAACACCAGACAUCAGGGUGUGAUCUGGACGACCUGGAAAGGAAAAGAUUCCUCGAUCUCGUUCACUGAGAUGAAGAUGAGACCGACGUCCUUCACUCGUUCACCCUCUGACUGAACGAGUGAGAGAGAGGAUGAACUGUCUCACGCACACACACACACACACACACACACACACACACAGUUAUUCUGAAUUUAAAGGGUCACUUCACCUCCUGAUGUCAUCACUCGUCAUCGCGACAGUAAACGUUUCUAUGGCGACAAGAAGUGGAGACGUGUCAGCAUCUUCAUCUUUAUUCUGUCCUCUUCCUCACCACUAGAGAUCACACUGCAUUGGUUUUUUUUGUUUUUUUAAGUUUCCUGUCUGUUUGUUUGUUUUCUGGGGGCGUGUCCACGGUGUCAUGAUGUUUGUAAAUAAAUAAAUAAAUAAAGUAACAAACAGAA